ACAGCGAUCAGCUGCAGACUGUGGACUCUCAGUAAACACUGGGAGUUAGUUAUUAACACAGCAGAAACAGCGAAGCAUCGUCUCUGUCCACGGCUUCCAUUCUUCACAUUGAGGACUCGGUUUUGUCUCGUCUGCAGCUCCUCCAGAACUCAACUUUUCAACCCCUUAAAUCUGAGUGAUCGAGGUCAUGUCCCGCCUCGCCCUCUGUCUGUGUGUCGUCGUUGCUCUGUGGUCGGCGUCAGUCAUCAGUCUGUCAGUAUUCUCGGACCCACGACGGGCUCACAUGCUGCUUCGCUCUCGUCGGGCGAACUCCUUCCUGGAGGAGCUGAAACCAGGAAACCUGGAGCGAGAAUGUAAUGAGGAGAAAUGCAGCUUUGAAGAGGCCAGAGAGAUUUUCCAGACCAGAGAAGCUACGCUGGAGUUUUGGACAGUUUACUUAGAUGGGAACCAGUGUGAGUCCAACAAGUGCAGUCAUGGAGACUGUGUGGAUAUGCUCCGAGCCUACGCUUGCCGCUGUCACUCUGGAUAUGAGGGCAAAUACUGUGAAUAUCCUGUAACAGCCACCAACUGCUCCGUGGAUAAUGGCGGCUGUGACCACGAUUGUACGGAGAGCAGUGACGGCCUGUCGAGGACUUGCAGCUGUGUGAAUGGAUACAAACAGACUAAUGACUCCAAGAAAUGUGUUCCCAACAGCCGAUCAUCCUGUGGACAGCUGUUAGCCACCACAUCAUACAGCCCACCACCGAAAGGCCUCCGUCCCUGGAUGGUGGGGGGGCAGGUGGGCAAGAAAGGGGAGAGUCCAUGGCAGGUCCUGGUAAUGGAUUACAGGAGUCGAUUUCACUGUGGGGGUGUCCUCAUCGAUGAGAGCUGGGUUCUGACAGCUGCUCACUGUCUUGAAAACAGCUUAACGUUCAGUGUACGACUCGGUGACUAUGAGCGUCUUAAACAAGAAGGCACUGAGGUCAUCCUGGAUGUUGUCCAAGGUUUCAAACACCCGAACUACAACACCAGGACCAUGGACAAUGAUAUUGCCCUGCUGCGCCUACAGACCCCCGCUCCCACGACUGAGUACAUCGUCCCCAUUUGUCUGCCAGGACGCGAGAUGGCCGAGCGGGUGCUCCACCUGAACGGCACGAAGACUGUUGUCUCUGGCUGGGGCAAAGAGGACAUGAACAGCACUAAGCACAGCUCAGUGCUCAACGUUAUUGAAAUCCCAUUGGUCAGCCACAGCAUCUGUACUCAGCAGAUGUUCCCCCACACGAUCUCCAACAACGUCCUCUGUGCCGGUAUCCUUGGACAGAGGAAGGAUGCCUGUGAGGGUGACAGUGGGGGCCCGAUGGUCACUCUGUACCGGGACACCUGGUUCCUGGUUGGCCUGGUUUCCUGGGGUGAGGGCUGUGGACAGCUGGACAAACUGGGAAUCUACACAAAAGUGUCCAACUACAAUAAUUGGAUCAAUAGUGUGCGUGAAGAAUGGGACAGAGGCCAUCGCCCGGAAGGACGCCCACGCUUCUGAACCAAUUUAUCCACAACAGCUGUUUCGGGCUCUGUUCUGUUGAACCCACAUAAAAAUGUAACACACUUUGUUAAAUAAAAUGAUUUACCAUGAAGACGCAGCUGUUUGCUUUUUUAAAACCAGUGAUUUCCACUAGUUCCAGACAAUUUAAAUUCCCUCUGACCUGUAGUGCUACGUAUCUGUUUAAAAUAAUGUGAAAUACUCAAUUAAUCAAUGGAAAAAUGUCUUCCUAUAACAAAACCAAAUGGUGUUUGCCUUUAGAUGCUCUAAGUGCCAAAAAAUAUAUUUGUAUCAGCUGACUCUUUCCAGAAAUUACUGAUGAAUUACUCAAAAAGAAAAUCUUUGAUGAAAAAUGUAGGACUUAUUUUCUUUGUAUCAAAUUACAUCCAUCAAAUAAAGGAAAACAUGCAAACAUUA